AUGUCGCCGCAAUCCAGCAAAACCGCCAAACCGCCCCCGAAAACUGUCGCAGACUUCACCGUCCUAGCCCUCACCCUACCCCCGCUACCCGGCCUCCCCUCGCAAUGCACCGCCGCGGCAAAACACUACCUGUACAUCAAGCCGCACACGCCGACGGUCGCGACGCCGACCUCAGACCGCAGCCUCUUCCUCGCCAACGUACCCAUUGACGCCUCGGAAUCCAGCCUGCGGGCGCUCUUCGCCGAGAAGCUGGGCGGCUCAAUGGUCGAGCGCGUCGAGUUUGACGCUUCUGUUCCUGCGGCGCCGAUGCACAAGCGGUGGAAGGGCGAGGGUGCGGUGCAGGGCAAGAAGAGGAAGAGAGGGGCCGAUGAUAAGGAGGUUGUAGCGGAAGGUGUUGUUGAGGAUGCGGAGAGCGCGUUGCCGCCGCUUUGGAGCGGUGGGGUGCGCAGGAGUGGGAGUGCGGCGGUUGUGGUGUUUGUGGAUGGGAAGAGUGCGAGGGGUGCGAUGAGGGGGGUUUUGAGGGCUGUCAAGGAAGGCGGGGAGGUUGUAUGGAGGGGGGAGGAGAGUGCGGUUGGGGUGGAACGAUACAAGUCCCAUAAUAACCUCGUGUACCCGCCGCCUGCCCUUCUUCAGUCGAGUUUGAAUGCAUAUCUGUCGCAAUUCAACGCUCUGGAAACGAUGCGGAAUCGCCUUCGCAAGACGGCGCGCUCGGUACCUGAUGAAGAUGGUUUCGUCGCUGUUGUCCGUGGCGGCCGUGUUGGGCCUGCAAGGCUGGAGGAGGCGGAGAAGAAGAAGGCUGAGUUGGAUGAGCGCAAGAGGAAUCAUCGGGCCACGGAUGAUUUCUAUAGGUUCCAGAACCGUGAGCGGAGGAAGAAGGCCGAGGGCGAGUUGAAGAGGCGGUUUGAGGAGGAUCGGAAGAGGGUGGAGGGUAUGAGGGAGAGGAGAGGGAAGGUUAGACCAGAGGCGUGA